AUGUUGCACAGCAACCAUCGAAGGUUCCCUGAAGGAGACGGAAACGGAAAAAGAAAAUGCACAGGCGCAGGGGAUGAGCGCGUGGGCGCCUUUGGGCCGAGCCUCGGAGGAGACGCUCUAGGCUGGCGGGCCCGGAGCGUUCCGUCGCACGUCCGUGCCGGGAGCCGCCGUUUCCGGGCUGCCCUGGAUGGCCUCCUUGGGCGGCUAGCGGGGGGCCGUGCAAGGCAUUAUGGGACAACCAUGGCGGCUCUCGAAAUUUGUGGGGAAUGUUCAAAGCUGACUGAAGAGUACAUGAUGGAGCUUAGCUAUGCUUCGGGUUGUUGCUGGAUACAUUAUCGACCUGCUCGGGUAGAGACUCCAUCCCACCCUGGUGGUGUGAGUGAAGAGUUUCGGGAACGCAGUAGGCAGAGAGAGCGGGAGCGCCGAGAACAUGGCGUCUAUGCCUCAUCCAAAGAAGAAAAGGAUCGGAAGGAGAGAUCGCGGGACCGAGACUGUGACCGCAAGAGAGAGAGAGAUGAACGGGAUAGAAGCAGGCAUAGCAGCAGAUCGGAGUGAGAUGGAGGGUCGGAGCGCAGCAGAAGAAAUGAACCAGAGAGCCCGCAACACCAGCCUAAAGAUGCAGCCACCCCUUCAAGGUCAACGUGGGAGGAAGAGGACAGUGGCUCCUCAAGGCGCUCUCAGUGGGAAUCACCCUCCCCAACACCUUCCUAUCGGGAUUCUGAGCGGAGCCAUCGGCUGUCCAGCCGUGAUCGGGAUAGUCUGUGAGGAGCAGGUACUCAGAUGACACACCUGUGCCAACCCCAUCCUACAAAUACAAUGAGUGGGCUGAUGACAGAAGACACCUGGGCUCCACACCCCGUCUGUCCAGGGGCUGAGGACGCCGUGAGGAUGGCAAAGAAGGAAUUUCGUUUGACACAGAAGAGGAACGGCAGCAAUGGGAGGAUAACCAGAGGAUAAAAACCUGACACCUUGGAGGGACCAAAUGAGGCCACCAUAAGUGGGUGGGCAGCAAGAGAUGUCAGAGUACAAGGACAUGAGUGAUGCUGUGGUGGAACUGGACUUUGAUGCGGGCGGUUGACACUGGACAGUUUCAGGGAAGCUGAGCCUUGUUAUGUGUCAAAGCCCUGGAAUCUCUUUCCAGAGGCCCAGGCUGCAGGGGAAACGUCCCACCUAGUGCAGGUCAGAACUAAGGUCUUCAUUUGUGUUGGUGCCACCACGCGGUACAUCUGGGAAGUGCUGUCAUGGUCAGCCAUUUAAAGGCUUAGUGCAUACAGCUGGCACUGCAGCUCUCCUCCAGAAAGCUCAUCUUGGAGCGGG